GGAGUGAAAUGGGAUGCAUGAAGGGGGAAAGGAGGUCCACUGAGCUCCCAUCGGAUCCAGCGUCCUUUGUUGGCGGAAUCCAUUGGUAUUCUGGGUCAGCCAUGGAUCCAAUUCCUCUUUGUUCUUUGAGAGGUGCUUUGGAAGCUUCUUAAAUUUUAAUGAAGACACCAGAUCCGAGAAGAAGGCCGCCAGUGACAGGUGUGAAUUUGCAGGACUGGCGAGCGUCUGCCUGAGCUGUAUCUGGAUCCCUGCAGAGCUUCCGAAGCAGCUGGGCGCAGAGGCCCGAAGGCAACUGGAACCAAACUCGCUUAGACUUGGGCUCAGAGAAGCUAAGGCAAGGACUGUUGAGGCUUCAAGCGCCCGAACUGCCUGGGUCCUUAGGGGCUGGCUUAUUGUGACCCCUCUCACUUCUGGGAGAAGAACUUGAGAACUGGGAAGCUGAGCAAACUUUUGCCAGGAUGACUCAGGGAUUCUGGAAGGUCUACAAGACCAAAGUGCUGCAGACCCUUGGUGGAGAACCACAGGAAGAUGAUCUUCAGGAUGAGAGAGAAAACCCUGAGCUGAUGGAAACCACAGAUUCCACACUGCUGACAGAGGAGGGGUUCAAUCCUGUUUCUCAGCUGGCCCGGCGGGUCCAGGGAGCUGGAGCCAAAGGCUGGAGGACAAUGUCGUCUUUGUUCAGCCGGGAAGAUGAACAUAAGUUGCUGCCCUCAGAACCCUGUGCUGAUCACCCUCUAGCAGCAAAGCCAACAGAGGAUUCCCCCUCCGAGAAGACGUCGGGUCUCUGGGAUGUCUUUGCCUCCAAGUGGCAGCAAACCACCGCCUUAGAAAAGAUGGCCACAAUGGCCGAGACCCGAGAACAAACGGCCGAGAGCACCGAGGCAUCGGGGGAAACGGCAGACGAGGAAGCCAGCAGCACCGGCCACGACAAUGACCUCCGAGAGGCCGAAGGGGCGGCUUUCAAGUGGAGUUUCCUGACCAGCAAACUGGCCGAGAUGAAGAACAAAAGCAGCCCCAAGAGCAAUUAGCACAACGGGGAAUCAAUAGACAUUUGAGCUAUGCUAGCAUGACCUCUUUCCAGUGGGUGGGAGGAGCUUUAACUUCCCCCCCAGCAAUUCUCUGACAAAAGAGCCUGGCAUG